CCUCCGCCGGAACUCGGGUGCCUCUGCGUCCUCCUCGUCUCUCACUCUGAGGUCCCCCCAGGCACCUCCAGAGCUAGCCGGUCUCAGCAGCAGGCAGAGACACCUCUUCACGCUCCUACUGACCCGCAGGGCCCCAACCCGCAAUGAGCAUGCCUCCUGCUGGCUGCUCUGCACCCGCCUACACCCUGCCUGUGGCAGCUGAGGGGACCCUUGACUGCCAGGCUUCAAGACUGACUCAGGAACGGAGGGAAAGCUCGUGCUGACGUAGCGUGCAAGCUUCGAGAAUGCCCCGAGACCGGCACGCCUCGGUGUCAGGCUGUCACAGGACACAGGGACAAACUGGCCCAUGACUCUGUGGCUCAUCCCCUCCCACUGCCCCAAGUCUAUCCCAGCAGCUCUGUACUCCUGGGUCCAUGGGCUCCAGCCACCCAGGAAUCUCCGUCUUGGCGACUAUGCCCCCUUCCUCCUCCUCUCAAGGCUGCUGAGACCCCCACUGCUAUUUGGCACAUCAAACUCUAGCCUGGGGAGCGGCCACCAGAACUACCUCCCCAGGGGCAGCCUCCUGAAACGUUUUCACUCCCCCUGCCCUCGAGGGCUGCUCCCCUCUACUUGAGACCAGGUAGAAACCCAGGAGGAACAGGGGAUAGCUGGCAGAAUCCUCUGGCAGCCUAGCAACAGAUACCAGUUACUCCGCACAAAAGCUUUGGGCAGUCCCUGCUCUGGAGACAUGGAGGGAAAGGAUGCUCCAUCAGUCCAGGGCCAACUGGUGGGCCCAAGCCCUGACAGACCCCCGACCUUAGAAACGCCUCCCCCACUGGAGAAGAAGUCUGCCUGUCCUCUUCUCUGGCAAAGCGCCGAUGGUUUUAAACCCCCCUUCUCAGCUUGAGGCCUGAGUGGUUCAGUCAUGUGAGGGAAAAUGACUCCAAGAUCAUAUCCCAACUGGGUGCCCGGUGCGGAGAAGGGCUGAUGCAGACUGAGUCUUCCCCCACAGGGAUCCCGUGACAAAUUCAGGAUCUGAGGCCACUUCCUUCUAGGAAAGAUGAGAAGAAGGGUUAAGUUCUCCGUAUUUAUAAAAAAACAUAGAAGAAACCCACUAUUGACUUGCAAAUAAAUAGGUUCCAUGUGCAGGUGUUUUGGGAAAUUUUCCAUGGAAGAGCAGAGAAAACACCUUGGCCUCUGCCCACUGUGUCUCCUGAGCUCCUUCAAUGAAUGAUCCCUGCCCAAAGGGUUGGGCUGGCCCAGCCUGGAAAAACGUCGAAUUCCUAAUUUCAGCCUGACCUACAGUGUCUGUUAAGUGUGAGCUGGUCAGCGAGCAAGUCUUUACAGAGUUAAAGGAGGGGGUGCUGGUGAAGAGCCAACAGAUUCUUGGCCUACAAGCACUGCUUCUCUGUGAAUUCAUUAUGCCAUCUGGCUGCCAAUGGAACUCAAAACUUGGAAGGCAGAGGCCAAUGUUAUCUGGGAUUCACUGUGCCCAGCACCCGAAGUGCCAAAUUUCGAGAGGACAAGAACCGUGGCCAAUGAAAAGUCAACCUCCCCUGCUCCACCUCCAGCAAAGUCCAGCUCAGGCCCAAGAGGUGGGGGAAAGAUCACAGAGUCUCAGGACAUCCCAAGUCACAGGUGCCUUGGGAACCAAGUGUCUAGAACCCUUGAGGACUUGCUGAAGUGACCGCAAACCCCCAGGCCAGCCCCAGACCUAAAGGGGAUUGCUGGCGCACAGUGGCCUCGAGUGGGGGCUCCGGGAGGGGUCCUGCACCACGUCCAAGAGUGUCCAAACUCCAGCCGCCUACCGGCAGCAAGGACGUGAGAGGAGCAUGGCUCGGCCGUCCGUCUGCCUGCUAGCCUCGCUGUCUGCGCUGCUCCUGGGUAUCGCCGCCGUCUCCAGAUCGAAGGGCCUGCUGGGCACGGAGAGUCAAAAGGAGCUGCGAAUCCCUUCUCAGUUCAGCCAAGAGCAGCGCAUCGCCAUGAAGGAAGCGCUGAAAGGUGCCAUCCAGAUUCCAACAGUGUCUUUCAGCCCCAAGGAGCUCAACACAACAGCCCUGGCUGAGUUUGGAGAAUACAUUCGUAAAGUCUUUCCUACUGUGUUCCAUACCAGCUUUAUCCGGCAUGAGGUCAUAGGAAAUUACAGCCACCUGUUCACUGUCAAAGGCUCAGACCCCAGCAUGCAGCCCUACAUGCUCCUCGCUCACAUUGACGUGGUGCCUGCCCCGGACAGAGGCUGGGACGUGCCCCCCUUCUCUGGGUUGGAGCGUGAUGGCUUCAUCUAUGGUCGAGGCACACUGGACAACAAGAACUCUGUUAUGGCAAUCCUGCAGGCCUUGGAGCUUCUGCUGAUCAGAAGCUACAUCCCCCGAAGAUCUUUCUUCAUUGCUCUGGGCCAUGAUGAGGAGGUGUCAGGGAUAAACGGGGCGCAGAAGAUCUCAGCCCUGCUCCAGGCAAGGGGCGUCCAGCUCGCCUUCCUGGUGGAUGAGGGGAGCUUCAUCUUGGAUGGUUUCUUUCCCAACCUCAAGAAGCCCUUUGCCAUGGUUUCAGUUUCCGAGAAGGGUGCAAUUAACCUCAUGCUGCAAGUCAACAUGACUCCAGGCCACUCUUCAGCUCCUCCAAAGGAAACAAGCAUAGGCAUUCUCGCCGCCGCGGUCAGCCGACUGGAGCAGACACCGAUGCCGAACAUGUUUGGAGGUGGGCCGUUGAGGACAGCGCUGGAACAACUGGCAGAUGAGUUUCCCUUCCCUACCAAUAUAAUCUUGAACAACCUGUGGCUAUUUCGGCCCCUUGUAAGCAGGUUGAUGGAGAGGAAUUACAUAACCAAUUCGCUGGUCAGGACCACCACGGCGCUCACCAUGUUCAAUGCCGGGGUCAAGGUGAACGUCAUCCCCCCUGUGGCCGAGGCCAUCAUCAACUUCCGAAUUCACCCCGCACAGACUGUUCAAGAGGUCCUAAAACUAGCCAAGGACAUUGUGGCUGAUGACCGGGUCCAGUUCCACGUGUUGGAUGCCUUUGACCCCCUGCCUGUCAGCCCUUCUGAUGAUCAGGCCUUGGGUUACCAGCUGCUCCGCCAGACCAUACAAUCUGUCUUCCCGGAAGUCAACAUUGUUGCCCCAGGUACUUGUAUUGGCAACACAGACAGCAGACACUAUCUGAAUCUGACCACCAGCAUCUACCGGUUCAACCCCGUCUACCUACAGCCUCAGGGCUUCAGUAGCAUCCAUGGAAUCAACGAGAAAAUCUCGGUCCAAGCCUAUGAGACCCAGGUGAAAUUCAUCUUCGAGUUUAUCCAGAAUGGUGACACAGACAUGGAGCCAGUUCCUCACCUGCAUGAACUGUGAGGUUGGGGACCAGCUGGAUUAGGGAUGCCUGAUGCUGGACCAGGACUAACCCAAGGGGGAAAGCCAGUGUUGAUGAAACUUUUGGUCAAAAAUCAUGUCAUAAUAACCUCACCCACCUGCCUUGGUCACUCCUAAACUCAGUGAAAAAACAGGGCCAGGAAGAAGGGGAGGACCAUCAGGAAACUGGCUCCUCCCUCCCUCCAGACAGCUCCUCGGUUCACCGUCCGUUAUUGCCUUCUUUUCCCUCUCUUAAAAUAGAAGGUAUCUGGCUCGUCUGCCUUGCACUGGUGAAUUCACUGCUCCUUGUUAAGGCCUAACUGAGCAAACACAGAUUUGAAAAAUAUCAACCAGAUUUUACCUUUUAAAAGUGUUUAAGUCACACUUGUUGGGCGGCCUUUUCCUCGGCUUAUAAAUUUGUUCUUGCCGUAACUGUAACUUCCUUUCCUUUUUCCCCCGUCUCUUCUUGGAUUGUUUAUCUGGCUCCUCAUCUCUCCCCUCCUGCCCCUGCCUCUCACCUCUUCCCCUCCCAUUUAUUCUACACCUGAAGCAGGACUUAAACUAUGUCACUACCAUAAUUACCGCAACAGCUGGUCAAAUAAAGUGGUCUGUGCA